GUUCUGAUUGGAUCAUGUUGGCUCAGGGAAAUAAAUGGUUGGGUAGGAAGAGAUGGGAGGAGUCAGUGGGUGCCAAUGAGACCCUGUAAGACUAGAGUGGCACUGGGUAUGAGGGAGGUCUGGGAGACUGUAAUACAGGAGGAUUAAAGAGAAACUGUAGCAGGAGCAAAGGGUGGAUGGACGGAGGAGUUGGGAGGAGAGGGUGGCUCUGUCAGACGGGUGCUGCAAGGAGAAGGUGACAUGGGGAGGGACUGUCACAGGGACAAUCUGGCAGGAGGCUUCUAGUGAUGAUGGAGCGAUGUCUGACAGCUCUGACAAGAUGGAGGUUUCCCAAAUUAAAGGCAAAUCUGCUGUCAAGAGGGCUCCUGAAGCUGACGACCUGCUGAGACCUGUAAAACUGAAUAAAUCUGACUUAUACAAACCUCCCACCAAUGAGGAACUGAACCGACUGAAAGAAACAGAGAAUCUCUUCCAUACCAACCUCUUGCACAUGCAGUAGGUGACGGAGCGUUUGGUUUUCUUCUUUUCCCCGGAUAGAGGAACUCUUGCAAGACGUCAAGCUGAAAGAGAAGAGGAGGAAGACUAUUGAUGGUUUCCUACAUGAAAUCAAUGCUCUCCUCGGAACAAUCCCUGAGAAGCCCGAGACCAAUACUCCACCAACAGCACCCUGCUUUCGGGGUUACAUCUCGGAUGGCCAAACGCUGGAUCCAAAGCCAACUGUUGGGUGACGUUUGUGUGUGUGGACCUCCUGGUGGCACAUCUGUUCCUCCACCAGCACCUACUCUCCCCCAGCUCUGCCCUGAUUGGCUUCCUGAGGUUCCUGCACCUUCUGGUUACCUUCGACUUGAAGAACAGCCCCCUCAUCGUAAAUCUGAAUGGAGAGCUGAAGGUGCAGAGUACACAGAGAUCCAGAACGACUUUAUUUCAGCCCGUGCCCAGCUCCCCGUCAUGUUCAUAGCAACCCCAAAGGACAAGAAAGAUUCUGUUUGGACCAAGAACCAGCCAACUGCACAGGAAGCGUAUGGUGAGUUUGCUCUGUUCUUCCAUGACUUGCACGGAGGUGACGUGAUCGGUGUGCUCUGGAAACCAUCAAGCUUUGAGCCUCAGCCAUUAAAAACGACCAAUGUGAAAGGCAGAGUGAUGGACAACAAGAGCGACAAUCCCCUGCUGGUGCCCAAUGCCGAGGCCUUUAUACAAGACUUUGAGAUUUUGGGAGAGGGCCUGGUGGCAAGUGUGGAGGCACAAACAGAGAGGUGGAACAUUUGAUGGACAUUCCUGAAGACACAUAUAUAAACAUAUAAGGAGAAUAUCUCCAACGCCUUCCUGUUGUCUAAGGAAGACACUUUCUAUACAAUGGAAUCUCUUCUUCCCAUGGACUCUCUGUUAGACUUAAAGGAAAAUUGUCUCUCAAAGAUAUUUCUGCUCCAUUUACUUCCAAAUAACCGUCUAGACGUUGCACCAUUCUUCCUCCUGUUUGUGUUGCCUCUGAUGAUCUGCAUGACACUAAGCAAACAGAAACUGCCACCUAGGUUCCUGAUACUGUGUCUCUCCCAUAGAGAAGGGAACCCACCUGCUGACGCUCUAAAGAUGUGUAUAAUGGGGGCCCCUUUAAUGUUGCCAUUAAACAUGCAGCACAGCCCAGAAACAUACAAUCUUUGGUCCCAGCACAAUGGUACCUAUUAGCUACAGAAAAUGUCUACAUUUAACGGGUUAAAGUUCUGUACCCCUUGUCAGUGAAAGAGUUAAACCUUUGUUAGGAGAACUAUAGGGAGUUGUGAUCCAGGAAAAUCAGGAGCCGAAUGAUGAAGAAACAGGGAAACAGUAGGUUCUGCCUUGAUUAGUGGAAGAGCCACAUUGACUUCUAUAAAUUUUCCUAUAAAAGGCUUCAGGCCAAUAGCUGCACCUUUGACGAACUCAGAAACUCUUUCUAAUUUACCCUGAUAUCUACAAUAUCAUUCCCUUUCCUUCAUUGGCUGAUGCUAGGCCGGCCUCCUUUAGCAGUCUAGGUUUAUGCUCUGUAAUUGGAGCAGGAUCAAGAAGGAACAGGUUUAACUGCAGAUGCUGGAGAAGAUAGGACUAGACCCCAGGCUACAUCUCAUUAUUGAUGCAGAUGGAACAACACCUACACAAUUAAAGAAUAAGUAAACCUUUCAAA